AUGUCGUUAAAUACUUCUUCAUUUUUUGAUACUACUAAUGCUAACCAAGAAAAAAAUCCUUUACAUAAUUCACAGAUACAAAACAUUCCUUCUUCUUUCUCUCCUCUUAUAUCUUUUGAAGAACUUCGAGCAAAAACUUUAGGAUUGUUACCAUUAGGAAAAGAUGAAAAAGAUCAAGUAAUUGUUCAUAAUAAUAAUUAUGAUGAUGACGAUAUUAUGAAAACAAUUUUCACCGGCAAAGAAAUUGAAAAAUCAAAAGAAAAUUCCAAUAAAAAAAUAAUUGUUACUAAACAAAGUUUGGAAAUUAAUAAAAUGUCAUUUAACAUAAAGUCUAAAGAAAUCAUCGGAACGAUAAUACCUUCUACAACUAAAACUAAAAUAAACAACAAUUUAGAAUUAUCAGAUAUGAUGGAAAUUCCAUCUGUUUCUGCCGCUAGCACAUUUCAUCAUUAUUGUCAUCAAUCUACUACUACUGUUGCUACUAAAAUAAUAAUGGAUGAAAAGGACAUCAAAUGCAACAACAACUAUAACAAUAAAUAUUUUAAUCUAAUUACUUCACCUUCACUAAAAAACUUCAACGAAAAAAAAGUCAACACAAAUAAAUUAUUAUUAUUUCCAAUUCCAUCAAAUCCUUGUAAACCUUUAAAUCAAAAUCUAAUAGAAAAUAUUUUGAAUUCAUUAAACAAUUUUUUGAAUGAUUAUCCUGAAUACCAUGACCUAAGAAACCAGAAUUCAAAUCAACAUGAAAAAAUCUUACGAAUUUUACGACAGAAUAAACCUCAAUCUCGUCAUGCUAUUAAUAAUAUCAAUGAUAACACAACAACAAUAGGGUGUUAUUCGUCAGAAAUUGAUGAUAAUUCAAUUCAAAUUUUAGAUAAAACUUUUAUAGUUUGUAAUAAAAUUGGUGAGGGCUCAUAUGGAAAAGUGUAUCGUGUUCUUGAUAAAAAAAAAUUUAUUGAAAGUGGCAUCAAUAUUAAUAACAAAAAAAACAAUAAUGUUAAUGCCUCAAUAGCAUUGAAAAUUCAAAUACCACCUAGUUCUUGGGAAUUCUACAUAAUUAAACAAUUACAUCAAAGACUCUUAUCAACAACAGCAGCAGUAACAACAGUUAAUUCAAUAAUAAAAGUUUUUUCAUUAUGUUAUUAUAAAAAUGAAAGUUACUUAUUGACAGAAUAUUGCAAUCAUGGAUCAUUAUUAGAUCUUAUCAACAACUUAAAAAAAGAUAAUUCACAAAUAGAUGAAAUUCUGGUUGACAAUUGUCUUUUGAGAUUAGAAUCAUUGUCAUCAGAAGAUAAUAAUAAUAGCAACAAAUGGGAUUCACAAUAUAAUCCAUUUGGUGAAAAUGGUUGGUCAAAAAAAGGAAUAAAAUUGAUUGACUUUGGGCGUUCAAUUGAUGUUACAUUGUUCCCACCCAAUAUGAAAUUUAUUGCAGAUUGGAAGACUGAUGAAGAAGAUUGUGUUGAAAUGCGUGAAGGAAGACCAUGGAAAUGGCAAGCUGAUUAUUAUGGAUUAGCUGGUGUGAUAUAUUGUAUGCUACAUAAUGAAUACUUACAAGUCACUCAAACUCACAUAAAUAAUGAUGGUUAUGAUUGUAAUAUUGAUAAUAGUAAUAUGGAUUUAUGGAAAAGAUUAUUUGAUAUUUUAUUAAAUUCUUCUUCAUUGCUAAGAUCCAUUGAUAAUGAUGAUGGUGAUUUGUUGUUAGAAUUGAAAGAAAUUCGGAAAGAAUUUGAAAAUUAUUUGGUAGAGAAUUGUGAAAAAUCUGGAAAAAGUCUUAAAAGUUUAUUGAAAAAAUUAGAAGUGAAAGCCAAUACAUAA